AUGCCGGCGUUCUCGGGCCUUCAGAUGCUGUUGUACGGCGCGGGAUGCAUCUACUCAGGAUAUUCCCUCUGCACCUCCCCAUCCGCCUUCAUCGCCCAACUCUCGCCGGCGACUCGCUUGAUCGAGGAGCAGACAAGCUUGAAGGCGCACAAAGGCGGGGAUGAUGCGCUUGCGCUAGCGGGACUGCUGUUGCUCGGUAUGGGCUAUCUCUACUUCUGGGCGGUCUACACGAAAGACGAGAAGAUGAAGCGCAACUCCACGUCGGGCCGACUCGCCCUCGCGCUCCUUUCAUUCUGGGUGUGCAAGAACACCCCUCACGGCACUUCGCUCGUCGCCCUCUUCGGUGGCGUCAACCUCGUCGCCGGCGUCCUGAUGGGUCUGAGCGUGGGCUUUGGAGACGGGAACGCAGUGGACCUCGAGCUGCAGGCGCGGGCGGCGGCGCGGAGACGAGCGGACGAAGAAGCGAGGAAGGCGCGGUAG